UGCAAACGUGGCCAAAAAUAUGCGUUUAUUGUUUAGAAACAUUUCUCUCUUGCCUCAAAGUGGUUUGGUCACAUAGCUGUGGCGGGCUUCUUUGCGCGUCUUUUAGUUUGCGUUAUUUCGCGCCUUUACAAAGUUAAUCGGCUUAAUUCAGGAGCAACAGCACAGAGCAGCGAACUCAACUUAAAAUACAAGUUAUUGAUGUGUUGUUGAAUAAACCGGCCUGAACCGGACUUCAAUGCAAGACUCUGGAGUUGAAAGCGUUUUAUAAAAGUGUCUGCUUAAAUCCGAGUGAUGUUUUCUCUCUCUGAGCUGUGUUCAGUGGGUGAGCGACAGAGCACUUCUAAGAUACUGAAGCCGUGGCCGGAGGUGUUCAUGGAUCACUUGCUGGUUCUGAUGCUGAUGGUGUGCAUCAUUGCGUGCACGCUGCUGCUGUCACGUGACGGGCUUGUGUGCGUUCCCGUACACGGUAACUCCAGCUCCUCUACGGAGUCCGGGUACGACCCGCUCUUUACGAGCCUGCCGAAGGGUCGACGGACCAACCUGGACUAUCAACAAUACAUCUACGUCGGUCACAUGUGCUAUCACGAGGGGUUAUCCUGGGGCUCGCGGCUCUUGCCGUACGUGACGCUGCUUAACACUUUAGUGCUGCUGUCCAGCGGCUGCUUCUGGUUUCAUUUUCCUUUAACGUCAGCCCGAAUCGAGCACUUUCUGUCCAUUCUCGACAGGUGUUGCGAUUCGCCCUGGACGACUCGAGCUCUGUCCUACACAGUCCAGCUGGACGCGGCCCAGAGCCGUUUCUCGGAGACGGAACAGACGGUGCAACCCAAACGUCAAGCGACAUCUUCAUCCAAAACACGCAAGUGGAGCAUGGACUCUGGAGUUGACAGCCCCCUGCUGGUGGGGGCCGAUUGCGCAUCCACUGCCAAUCAAAUGUCCUCGUCUCCCCCCACAGGAUUCCACUGCUCCUCGCACUCCGGUCAGUCGCCGGUGGAGCGCAAGAUGCCGCCGGAGGCUUCUCGAUCUGCAGCUCUGUUAGAUCGUAAAGACCGCGAGCAGACGCGAGCACUGUUCGAAAGAGUGCGCAGAUUCCGCGCGCAUUGUGAAAGCUCAGAUGUUGUCUUUAAGGUGUACACGGCACAGACUGUGUUUAAAGUUCUGAUGUUCAUUGUGAUCAUGAUCUACACAACUCCACUGCUGGACUCCAUCUCAUUCAGUUUCAUCUGCAGACCGCAGUCUGACGCGCUGACCGGUUACAGCGUCUUCCAGUGCAGCCGUUUGCUCUCCUCUCACCUGCGUCAACUCAUGCAGGCCUACAUCUCACUGCUCAUUCUGUUCGGUGUGCUCGCCAUCUACACCCUGCUGUGGAUCUCUCAGAAGUACGUUAUUAAUCAUAGAAAUAAACUCCGGGGCGGAUACGCAACGGAUCCAGACCAGAACUGCCAACUGCGGAAACGGACCUGGUCGUUGAGAGAGUAUUCAUUCCAGAGCCAGCAUGAGACGGGAUUCGUGUUUGAUGUACCGGAGCUUCACAAUGACUUGGCCUUUCUGCUACACAUGGCCGAUCAAUACGCCCCUCUUCUGGCUCAGCGUCUCUCUGUAUUCCUGUCACCGGUCUGUGAGAAUCAUCUGCUGAAGGAAAGUGUGGAGCGUCUAUGGGGAGCUGAACGUCUGCGGUCAUUGAUCACCUGUGAUCAGCGAGGUCGCUCUGUGCUUCAGCUGGUGGCUCUUCCACAUCUACCAGCAGCUCUUUUCUCUCUCAACCAACUGCAUGUGCUGAAGUUAGAGCUCAUUGGAGAGGCCAAACUCACAGCACAAAUAACCAACAUGACUGCACUCAGUGAGAUGCAUCUGUAUAACUGCUCUGCAGCAGUGGAGCCUGAAGCACUGCAACACCUGCAGGAACACCUAGAGACGCUGCAUCUCACCUUCACCAAACCCACCGAGAUCCCGGUCUGGAUGUACUCGCUCCACAACCUGCGAGAGCUUCACCUGACCGGCAACCUGUGCGGUGAGGGUGACACGGGCCGUGGCUGGGCCCUCAGCAGCCUGCGUCAGCUGCAUCACCUGCGCGUCCUGGUGCUGUGCGGGACGCUGCAGAAAAUCCCCAAGGAGCUGAGUGAGCUGUCGGAGAGCUUGGUAAGACUGGAGAUACGUAACGAGGGAACCAGGCUGCUGGUGUUGACCGGACUGAAGCGUCUGACCGGACUCGCAGAAGUGCUGCUACAGGACUGCCAGCUGGAACGCCUGCCAUCCGCCCUGUUGGCGCUGACAGGUCUGCGCAGUUUGGACAUGCAACACAACGGUCUGCGUACUCUAGAAGAGCUGCUGGGACUGCAACAUCUACAUCAUCUGUCCUGCCUGCGGCUGGCACACAAUCACGUGUUGUCUCUGCCUCCCAGCGUCGCAGUUCUGCGCUCAUUGGAGAUCCUGGAUUUGUCGCACAACCAUCUGGAGAACCUUCCACCAGCUCUCUUCACGCUGCAUAGACUACGACGUCUUCUGCUCGCUGAAAACCUCUUGGAGGAGAUGCCGGCACACGUGGGAUCCCUGAAGCUCCUCACUGAACUAGAUCUCACUGGAAACCAACUCAAACAUCUACCCGAGGAGCUGUUUCAUAGCUGCGCUGAACUCCGCAUCUUGAACGUGGCGAAUAACUCGAUAGGCUUCUUGCCCUCUGACGUGGGAAUUCUGAGUAAACUCUCUCGUCUGGAUAUACGGGGCAACUGUCUGGACGAGCUGCCGGUCGAGUUGGGGAGCUGCUUUGGGCUUCGUGGAGGGGGUUUACUGGUGGAAAACGUGAUGAUGCACACUUUGCCUCGACAGAUCAGAGACUUACUACUACAGCCGGGAUCUGUGUCCUGCCCUUUCUCCGAAUCUCCAUCCCGGCCAAAUUCCGACUGCUUUCCUAACUUUUCCACUGCACAGUGGAGCUUCUACUCGGCGCAGGAGUCUCGAAUAUAAAGCCUCUCUGAAGUCUGGUAUUUCCUUAUAAACACCAUUAUAACUAAUAUUACUAAAAUAAAAGUAAAGUAUCCAUAGAGUAGACACACCGUUGUGUUCUGAUGACUGAUGUGGAUGUUAUGCUGUCGUAAAAAAAGGUUUUUCUGUGUGAGGGAGAAAUAUUAUAACCUGUAUUGAUACAUAUAAUGUAUCUCUUAAAAAGACAUUAAUUACUUAAAUAUAUAAUAAAAGUAUUUUUACUUAAAGGAA